CGUCCGCUUGUACCAAGUGCCUUCGAGAUUGCCUCUCUCCUCGGCUUCUCGUCAUUAUCCAUUUGCUGCUUUUAAGCACCCCCCUCCCCCCUCCGCGCGCCUUCCUCUAUCCUCCUUUUCCAUCUUUCACCCCCAAUCGAUCGCGUUACCAGCUUCAGGUAGAGGAUACCCUGGUCUCGCCACUAUCGGCCGCUGCCAUUCGGACUUGGCGCGACCUCACAUUUUUGUGCUUGCCUUCUGCUUUACUCAUCUCUCAACUUGCAGAUAUUGCCUGUGUCGUGUCGCUCAACUUAGCAUUAUUGGGCACUGAAGUGCGUCACGGGCGGAUUUGAGCUCCUUCUGCGCUUUGCGCAGCAUCACUCAAAAUGAAGUUCGGCAAACAAAUCCAGCGCAGACAACUCGAUCUUCCUGAAUAUGCUGCAAGCUUCGUAAAUUACAAAGCAUUAAAGAAACUCAUCAAACAACUAAGUGCAACGCCCACAAUUCCAGCCCAGAGUAUAACAGGUGCAGUGCAAGAUGUUCCUGAGGCGCAAGCUGCCCUUCGGGCGAACAAAGAGGUGUUCUUCUUUCGACUGGAACGAGAGAUUGAAAAGGUCAAUGCCUUCUAUUUGCAGAAAGAAGCUGAGUUCUCACUUCGGCUGAAGACCCUAGUCGAUAAGAAGAGGGUCAUUCAGUCGCGGGCAGUGACCAAUCCCAAAGCACCCGCAAAUUAUGUUUCGCUGUUCGAGGGCUUCCAGCAAUUUGAUGGUGAUCUGAACAAAUUACAACAAUUCGUUGAGAUCAACGAGACGGCAAUGUCGAAGAUUCUGAAGAAGUGGGAUAAAACUUCUAAGUCUCGCAUGAAAGAACUAUAUCUUCACCGUGCUGUCGAAGUACAGCCAUGCUUCAAUCGGGAGGUUUUGCGUGACCUGUCGGAUCGAGCAACAACAGCACGGCUGGAGUUAGAAGCAUGGGCAGAAGGCGAAAAUAUUCAUUUUGAUACAAUCCGUCCGGUGGACAGGAAUGCGGUUUCGCAAACGUUCGGGCCGGAUGAAGAGGAUCUCGAUCUGCAAAUCCUGCAAUCUGCCACCUCGGGAAAUCUCCAGACAUUGCGCGAAUGGACAGCAAAGUUGCGAUCAUCCCCUGAUGCUCCAAUCCGUGCAACUCGCACAUUUCUCGCCGCUAUCAACGAAUUCACUGACGACGUGCUCGCAGUGCUCCUGGAAAGCGGUCUUGUUGACAUAAACGCUGAAGAUGACAUCAAUGAGCGCAACUGUCUACAUGAAGCAGCCAUUUCCGGUCGGGUAUUUGUGUUCAAGGCCGGCCUAGCCGCAGGAGUCGACAUCUCCAGGUGUGAUGUUUACGGCAGAAUGCCUCUGCACUACGCCUGCAUGCAUGGUAGGGUAGAGAUGGUGCGGGAACUGCUCAAGGCCGGUCCUCAUACGAUCGAUGUGAUGGACCACGAUAACUUUACACCCUUGAUUCACAGUAUUGUUAAAGGUCAGUUGGCGUGCGCAGAACAGCUUCUUUGCAACAACGCCCGUAUCGACCCAACGUCUGAAUCGGAUCAUAUUCCACUGAACCUGGCCUGUCAAUACGGAUCAAUCUCGAUAGUCCAAAUGCUAUUAGAACGGGAUGCGAGGCUGCUUCCAGACGCCGAGGGUCUCUACCCUCAACACAUGGUGGCGCGAGCUUCACAGUCGCCGCAGCUGCUCCUUCUCCUCAAACAACACGGAGCCGACAUGGACCAACGAGAUAAGCUGUACCAAUGGACGCCUCUCUUCCAUGCAGCGAGCGAAGGCUGCGUGGGGUGCCUACGUACUCUUCUGGAAUUGGGCGUUGAUGCCGGUGCCGUGGAUGAGAAAGGACUUGCGGCAAUGUACUAUGCGGCGUGGGAAGGCCAUUUGGAAUGUAUGCUUCUGCUCUGGUCCCAUAGCAUAGCUUCACAGGCCCCGCAAAAGCCGCUCGGAUUCUUGAAUGGCUUAAAGUUGCAGGAUCCGGGCUGUGAUUAUGCUUCUGCCGUCAAUGACUCCACAGAUGUGGACAACAUGGAUACGGCCGAUGGCAUUCCUGAUCUGUCCCUACCGCCACCGAUUAUACCCCUGAGACGAUAUGGCCACAACUUCUUGGAUAAGAAGGUCUUUGUCCAAAUUCUGUUUGAUCCAGGGAGUACUGGAUCGAUCCUGUUCGACCAAGCAGGUCGACAUGCUGCUGCACGCCUGACCAUUUCCUCUAAACUCUCCGACUUGAUUCCACGUACCAUAAUGCUUCCUAUACAGGAAGACUCGAGGAUAAUAUCGUUCCAUGUUGAUAACCUUGACACAUUCGCCGUCGAUUUCGAAAUCUUCCCCACUUUCGGGUCUAAGGUUAUCGCGAAGACGGUAGCUCUUCCCGCUAUUUUCAAAGCCGAAAGUUCCAGCACUGGCACGUGCUCGCUGCCACUAUUUGAUCCGAGGCUACGAUCCAUCGGUCAACUGCGGUUUAACUACCAAGUGAUCAAACCAUACCACGGCGAUCCGCUGGAAAUCACCCACUUCGCUACAUAUUGGAAGGCGACCAGUGCCGUGGAUCAUGAACAUAAUGGACUCGUCACAGGCUCUAGCUUGUCAGGAGAUCACGUUCAGCUUUUUGUGCAGUUGACCAGAGACCGGAUUCCUGUCCUUUACCCUCAAUUCGCGAUCGAGUAUCAUGGCAUUGAGAUACCCAUUUGUCACCUUACCUACAUGCAGUUUCGAGCAAUGGGUGCCGAACGUGGCGCGGAACAUGCGGAAAUGCUACAGUUCUUACGGAAUUCUGCUGUGAAUGAUUUGACACAAGCCCAUCGUCAGCUAGCCUCCUCAUAUCUGUCUUUGCGAGAUGCUCUUCAUCAUCUACCACUCAGUGUUAGCGUUAACCUGUCCGUGCUAUGCCCAUCACUGGUAGAGGAGCAUGCAUCUCAUAUGACAUCCUUGCCGGAUGUCAACACCUUUGCGGAUGCUAUUCUUACCGAAGUCUUUGACCAUGCUCGAAUCGCGCGCGACCAGAAUCCUGAUACCAUGCGGUCUGUGGUCUUCACCUCUUACAACCCUAAUAUCUGCAUUGCCCUGAAUUGGAAGCAACCCAAUUAUCCUGUCUUGCUCUGCAACGACCUUGGCCAGAUUCGGGAUUUAGCCCGUGAUAUGAGAUCACUUCCGGAUGUGAAUAGCAGCGGAAGAGCGUCUAUGUCCAUUAAGGAUUCCGCCCGAAUAGCGCAGAGCAACAACUUCAUGGGAUUGAUCUGUCGCUCUAGUCUCUUGAACGUUGUGCCCGCUCUUGUAGAGACAAUAAAAGAGCUUGGCCUCGUGCUGGUGGCAGAUACCUCGGACGAUGCGUAUCAGUCCAACAGAAUGGACGUCUUACAGGCUACCGAUCCUGUGGGGGUAGUUGAUUGGGCAUAUCGCAUGCCAGAUGGCGUCAACGGUAUUAUGAAAGCCAACGGCAUUCUAAGAUUCAAUGAUACGAUUGAUAUGUGAUCCGAUUUUCGACCCUUCGACUUUCUUCGCCACUUGCCCCAUGCGACCUGGCAUCGGGCCCGCCUAUCACAUUUCAGGAUGGGAUUUUGCUGGGG